AUGGAAGCCGGAGACGUGUAUACACCACCAACGGCGCCGGCGCCAGUACCCAUAACUCCUCAGUCAUACGACGAAUAUCGAGGGAAGGGAACACCACUAGUCAUCGACAACGGCUCGACGACUCUGCGCUACGGCUUCUGCACCGCGGAAACCCCGUUUAGCGGACCGAAUGUGGUGGCAAAGUACAAAGAGCGCAAGUUCAACAGGCCGGUGCUCCUGUUCGGUGACGCGGUGGAGGUGGAGAGCACAGCGAAAGCCCAGGCGAAAACGCCUUGGGAGGGGGACGUAUUGCUUAACUUCGACGCAUUGGAGAAUGCAUUGGACCAUGCGUUCAUCCACCUUGGUAUCGAUGCCGACACCAUCGCCCAUCCCGUGUUGAUGACGGAGCGCUUGUGCUCUCCGUUGCAUUCAAGGGCAUUGACGUCCGAACUCAUGUUCGAGCUCUAUUCCGUUCCGUCUCUCGCAUACUGUGUGGACGCAAUGAUGUCCUUUUACAAGAACAAUAUUCCAUCCCCGCCCACCCCUUUCCGGGCCGAUGGCAUUGCUGUUUCAUUCAACACAGCAAGUACCAGUGUCAUUCCCAUCCUUCAAGGUAAAGGGAUCCUCAGCCAUGCUCAAAGAAUUCCCUGGGGAGCGAGUCAAGCCACGGAUUACUUGCUCAAGCUCUUGCAACUCAAAUACCCCACCUUCCCCACCCGUCUCACCUCGUCUCAGGCCAAUUGGAUGCUUCGUGAAUUCUGCGAAUUCUCGACAGACUAUCCGGCGCUUCUCCGCACCCUCAAGGAUCCAUUGAAGCUUCGCUCUCCGAUGGUGGAACGCGUCAUCCAGUUUCCUUUCACGGUGGCCGUACAGGAGGAGAAGUCUGAGGAAGAGCUCGCAAGGAUCGCGGAGCGGCGCCGAGAACAGGGCAAGAAACUGCAGGAGAUUGCUGCGAAAACGCGUUUGGAGAAGUUGGUGCAAAAAGAAGCCGACCUGCAGAAUUUGCUAAACCUGCGUGAACGUCGUGCGCAGGAAAGCAAGAAAGAUUGGCAGAACACCUUGUCAGCCGAAGGCUUCGAUGACGACGCCCACUUUGAACAGACGAUCAAGAAGCUCGAGGGGGAUCUGAAGCGAAGCCGAAAGAAGGAGGUGACUGCCGAGAAUGGCGAGGAGAUGGAGGAAGAAAUACCGUCGUUCCCAUUAGUGGACGUACCUGAUGCCGAGCUCGACGAAGACCAGAUCAAGGAGAAGAGAAAACAGAAACUCAUGAAGGCAGGGUACGACGCCCGCCAACGGGCAAAGCGAGAGAAGGAACGCGAGCGGGAGGAGCGCCUGGCCGAUGAGCAGCGGGAGCGGGACGAGCGCGAAAGAGACCUGACGGGUUGGGCCGAUAAACUGAAGCGAGACCACGCCGCGAUUGUGACGAAGAUGAAGGGCCGUGCGAGGAGAAGGCUCGAGCUCACCGACAGGAAGAGUGCAGCGGCGCAAGCGAGGAUGAAGAGCAUCGCGAAUCUUGCCGCAGAAGAGAAGGUUGGCAGGAAGAAGCGCAAAGUCGGCGGAGAGGACACAUUCGGCGCCGACGAUGCGGAUUGGGCGAUUUAUCGAAAGAUUAAUGCCGAAGUUGAGUCGUCGGACGAGGAAGACGAUCUCAUUCGGCUGCAAGAAGUCGAGGCAAAGCUGCUCGAGCAUGAUCCACUCUUCACCGUAGAAGAUACCCUCGCCUCGAUUACCAACCGCCGGUCCGCGCUUAUCACCGCGUUCAAGCCUGUUUAUGAAGAGGGAGAUCUCAUCGGGAAGUACCGGAUACACCUCAACACGGAGCGAUGGCGUGUUCCCGAGGCAUGGUUCUCCCCAAGCAUGGCAGGCGUAGACUCGGCAGGGCUGGGCGAAGUUCUGCAGAACGUGCUCUCGCGGUUCUCCGAGGCCGAGAAAGGCCGGCUCGUCAAGAACGUGUUCGUUACCGGAUCGCCGUCCCAGCUCCCGGGUUUGGUUCCCCGCCUCCACGCCUCUCUCCGGCCGAUCCUCCCGCCCGAGAUGCCACUUGAGAUCGUGCGCGCGGCCGACCCGGCGCUGGACGCGUGGAAGGGCAUGGCCGCGUACGCAAAGACGGACGAGUUCAAGACCGUCGGCGUCACCAGGGCGGAGUACGAGGAGUGGGGAGGAGAGAGAGUGAAGAGAUGGUGGGGAGGAAACUACUGA